AUGCAGAUCGGAAGGCGCAAUGGAUCUGUCCCCGUGCUAGGAGCAACUACUCAAGGCAGUAUCACCACCUACACUUUCGUCCUCCUCAAAUACCCCCCCCCCCUCCCCAAAACCACCUCCAAAAUGCCAACUAUCAACAUGAUAGCCCUCAGCUUGUAUUCGUACCGCGACCCCGAUGACUUCGAUAAAUAUGACACCAAACCCCUCACCCUUCGGUACCUCUACUUCCUAGAUGAUUCCAUAGCCACAUCCAUAGCGGAGCACAGAUAUGCCAAAUGGAUCAAAUGCCCGGAGGAAUACAAGUACAAGAUUACACCGGACGAACGAGCCAAGGUAUGGAAGGUCACCGACAUGUGGCAUUUUGCGCCGGAUCCGAGGAGGGAUAUCCGUGUUGUCCCUGGGUCGCUUGCUCAUUUAUUUAUGGCGUACCCCCCGGUAUCAUGA